UCAAUAGAGCAUGCAAGCGACGUCACUGCGACGUCAUCGCGCAAUGUACUGUGAGGAGUGUCCGCCAUUUCGUGAGGCCACACAAACACAAGCCGGUAACAGGUUGUAUGAAUAAGAUGUGAAUAUUUAUGUAUGGGUAUGCUUAAAAAUAGUUUAAAACAAGGUGGAUUGUACAGAGACAAACUCCUACCUGACGCCAAGAAACGCUAUGUUGAAAAAAUCCACUUUAUUGGAAAUGUCGAUCCUUAUGAAGUCCCAAAAGACCAGUGGAUCCGCGACCCUGACUCCUUACCUCCAAUCACUUUUCCUGAUAUUUUUACUUAUUUUGUUUGUGGUGUCAGUGCCUAUACUGCUGAACAAUUUCGCAAUUAUAAGUCUCUGGAAGCCCACGUUCAGUUUACGAAUGGUUGGGUACAUGACCUGGAGAGUUUUAAACCUGUCAACGGUGAAAACACUGUAGUCCGAACGAAGGUCAUGCACUCUCAGCGACUGAACGAACCGCCUUUAAAGCCAUGGGUGAUCGUCAGCAGCAGUGGAAAGGUGGAGUGUGCACACUGCACAUGUAUGGCAGGGGUAGCGGAAACAUGUACCCACGUAGGCGCUCUCUUGUUUAAAAUGGAGGCUACUUUUCGGAUUCGUGGGAAUAAAACUGUCACUGAUGUACCAGCAUAUUGGGUUUUGCCCAGCAAUUUGAGCAAGAUUACAGCUGAAGUGGGCUACAAGAUUGACUACACCUCAUCUGCUAGGCAAAAAUUGCUUGAUCAGCGCAUAACUGCACCCUCCACUGCGCCAGGCAUAAGGAGUCGUCUGAAAAAAAGGAAAAUUCCCCUAGCAAAACUUGAUGAGUUGUCACCUGUGCUUGACACACUGCUGCAGCAUAGCAAGGCUGUUUGUUUGUCAGGGAUGAAUGACUAUUACACACUGUACACAGACACAGUUCACCCCUCUGCGGUGCCCGAGUCCCUUGCAACAUCUCUGUAUGAUAAAAAAAUAGAUUCCCAUUACCUUUCAGCUAUCCAACUACACUGUGAGAAAUACAGAGAUGCUGCAAAUGUGACUGAUGAGCAGGCAUCAGCUAUUGAGAUGUGCACAAGACAACAGCAUAAAUCUUCUGCUUGGUAUGCAAGUCGGACUGGAAGAAUUACUGCCUCAAACAUGCAUGCAGUCUUUGCCACCAGUAUGGAAAAGCCAGCCCUGACUGUUGUUAAAAAGGUAUGCAACCCACAAAACACAGUGUCCACUGUACAAACCAGAUGGGGUAUAGAGCAUGAGAUUGAAGGCCUUAGAAACAAAGGACAAAGACUUCUGUCUCGAAUUGUCAGAUGA